UUUGAAAAGCAAGCAUGCUGUCACAUUGAGUUCACACGCAACGCGGUUGCUGUUUGUUUACAAUUUGUUAAUUGCAUUUAGAAUUAUUCUUAUUAGAAUACGUGCUAUGAGCGAAGCGAGUCAGCCUGUGGAGGAUGCUGGCGACAAUGAGAAGCGCCCUCAGUUCGGCACACGUUUGCUUACGGAUGAUGCCGACGUGUUCAAACACAACGCUUGGGACCACGUGCAAUGGGACACGGAGCAGGAGGAGGCCGCUCAAGCGGCUGUUGAAAAGAACUCGACGGUGAAGAUGAGUGACGAUCAGCGGGAACGCUUUCAAUCGGAUGCACCCAAGUUUUGGAAUUCAUUUUAUGGCAUACACGACAAUGGCUUUUUCAAAGAUCGCCACUGGCUCUUGACAGAAUUUCCCGAGCUGGCGCCAAAUGAGGCUAACGAUAAAACACAAGCCAGAAGCAUAUUCGAAUUAGGCUGUGGAGUUGGAAAUACUAUUUUUCCCAUACUAGAGCUCAGCUCGGAAACGCAACUGCGGGUAUAUGGAUGUGAUUUCUCAGAGAGAGCUAUUGAAAUCUUGCGCAGUCAGCGACAGUUUGACGCCAAGCGCUGUGAAGUCUUUGUUAUGGAUGCGACAGAGGAGCAGUGGCAGGUUCCCUUUGAGGAGAACUCACAGGACAUUAUUGUGAUGAUAUUUGUUUUGUCCGCCAUCGAGCCGUCUAAAAUGCAGCGAGUUCUGGAGAAUUGUUAUCGCUAUCUUAAGCCAGGUGGGCUUUUGCUGUUUCGCGACUAUGGACGUUAUGACCUGGCGCAGUUGCGAUUCAAGAGUGGCAAGUGCCUGGAGGACAAUUUCUAUGUACGUGGCGAUGGCACCAUGGUAUACUUUUUCACAGAGCAGGAAAUUCGUGACAUGUUCAGCAAGACUGGACUAAAGGAGGAGCAGCUCAUCGUGGACAGACGGUUGCAGGUCAAUCGUGGACGUGGUCUUAAAAUGUAUCGAGUUUGGAUACAGACAAAAUUUCGAAAACCACUGUAAAACGAUCUUGUUGACAUAAAUAUACAAAAAGA